AUGUCCGAGUCCAACGGUAUCCGCGGCACCGUCACCGACACUGCCGCCGGAGCCUACUCAUACGCCCAGCGCUCCUUCGACCGUGUCAUCGCACCGGCCUCCCGCCAGCAAGCCUACGACCAAGUCCAGACAUUCGCUCACGCUCGUCCCAUCCUCUUCUCCGCCCUCGUCGCACAAGUAGUCUUCUGCUCCACCCCCAUCCUCAUCUUCUCCGCCUUCGUCUUCUCGACAUCCGUCUUCGCCUUCGGCCUCGCCCUCCUCUUCACCCUCUUCUGGUUCGGCCUCGCCCUCUUCGUCCUCGUCCCCGCCCUCCUCGCCGCCGCGUCCAUCGCCCUCCUCGUCUGGGCCUGGGCGCUGGGCUCCUUCCUCGCCGCCAGGUGGCUGUACGUCCAGCUGGUGGGCGGCGAGGCCAAGGCCGUCCGCGUCAAAUCCGUCGAUGGCGCCGGUGCACCUCGGAGCACAAAAUUCUAG